AUGACUGGAAAUGGUGACAUAAAUCAUGAUCAGCAAGAGGAUUCCGAUGUUCGUCUCCUUCGUGAGAUGGGAUAUACCCAGGAACUUUAUCGUGGUUUUUCACCAUUAAUGUCAUUUGCAUUCUGCUUCACUGCUGUCAAUGUUUUGGCUUCGAUUUCGUUAGGUUUUACUUUCACUUUGAACACGGGAGGAUCAGGAGUUGCUAUAUGGUCUUGGAUUAUUGGAUCAUUAUUUACUAUUUUAAUUGGUCUUUCACUAGCAGAAAUUUGCUCAGUGUAUCCAAGUGCUGGUUCAGUUUAUCAUUGGGCCGGUCAGUUGAUAUCAGCUCGCCGAGCGCCAGUAGCCUCUUUCAUUUGUGGAUGGUUUAAUUUUGCUGGAAACGUCGCUGCUGAUGCCGCAUUUUCGUCAGGUUUUGCAACGAUGAUCAAUUCAGCAAUCAUGCUCAACGGUCAACCGUCGUUAAGCGUUGGGAUUCAAGUAGCAAUUGGUGUUGGUAUAACAUUUGUAUGGGCUGCUCAAAAUGCACUUCGCAUCGAUCGACAAGGAUGGUUGAACAAUCUCGCUGCUUUUUUUCAAAUCGCAUCUUCCAUAGCAAUUGUUAUCGUUCUACUGACUAUAGCUCCGCAACGAGCAACCGCUCAUGAUGUUUUUACAUCAACCUACAAUGCAACCAAUUUUCCCUUUGCUUAUGUAUGCUGUAUCAGUAUACUUUCAACCUUAUUCUCAUUUUCUGGUUAUGAAGCCGGUGCUCAUUUAGCUGAAGAAACACGCGGUGCAGGUCGCGCAGCACCCAAAGGCAUUGUGGGUACAUGUAUAUGUAGUGCAAUUGUCGGCGUAAUCUAUCUCCUUGCUCUUCUGUUUGCGAUACCUAAUGUUGAAGCAUUUAUUGAGAGUUAUAGUGACAAUAAUGAGACUAUGAGUUUAGUCGUUUCUACAUAUCAACUUGCCGCACCAGGCCGUGGUGCAAUGGCAUUGACCGUUCUUCUUAUUCUCAAUCUUUACUUUGCUGGUAUGUCUUCAAUUACAGUCACAAGUCGAAUUGGAUUUGCUAUGGCUCGUGAUGGUGUCUUCCCAUUUUCAUCGUACUUACGUUGGAUCUAUCAACGAACGCAAACACCAUUGGCCAACAUCGUCUUCGUGUUUGUUAUUGACAGUCUUCUUCUCCUGUUACAAUUAGCCUCCACAACAGCCUUCACAGAUAUCAUUGCCAUAGCCACACUUGGCUUUCAAAUAUCUUAUCUCAUUCCCAUCUUUCUUCGUUGUACAGCAGCUCGAAAGACUUUUCCAUUAGGAGAAUUCAACCUAGGACGAUUCGGCCUACCGAUUGGCAUUAUUUCCUCAAUAUGGUUAAUGAUCACAUCAAUAUUCAUGUUCUUUCCAACAACAUAUCCUGUGACAGCGGACAAUAUGAAUUACACCGUGGUGAUCGUCGCUGGAAUAUUCGUGUUGGCAUCAAGCUACUGGCUAAUUUCAGCACGUCGUUGGUUCGUUGGUCCUAAAAGAACUGAUCUAACGCCGGAAAAAACAUUGCCUGCCGACGAAACAAAUGUAGAUUAUUCAUCUGGUGUAAUCACUACAAUAUUUUGA